AAGUUAGUAUCCUCUCACUUUAUGUUCUGCAGUUUGCUGCAGGCCAGCAACAUGAGGACGCUUCAUACAAGAGCGGGGUUAAACCUUUUAAAGGAUAACGUGAAAUAAUGGCACCAUCUGAAUAAACAAUCUACUUGUUUGUAGAAGAGGAACAGAUACAAAAAGCACUGAAGAGAGAGCGUUAAGGCCAUGGGAGACCCCCUGUCCGACUGCAGCCCCCUCAUCAGUGCAGCAGCCUCCUGUAAGCUGCGGCUGGUCCGCCUGCUGGUGGAGGGGGGAGCUCAGGUCAACAGGCAAAACCCCAAAGGAGAGACCCCGCUCCUGGCUGCCUGUAAGGCCCUGAGAGGGGAGCCUGGUGGGCCUGAGACGGUGAAACUCCUCUCCUACCUGCUGCAGAACAAGGCAGAGCCGAACGCCCAGGACCGGGCCGGACGCACCGCUCUGAUGUACGCCUGCAUGGAGCGGGCAGGAGCUCAGGUGGCGUCCACCCUGCUGGCUGCAGGAGCCGACCCCAGCAUGGAGGAUCACUCCGGGGCCUCAGCACUGGUGUACGCCGUCAACACACAGCACCAACCCACACUGAAGGUUUUGAUGGAUGCCUGCCGGGCGAGGGGUCGUGACAUCAUCAUCAUCACCACACAGGUGAAUGUGAACGGAGGCCCGGUGACCAGGCGUUUCCUGAACGUUACACCGUCUCCUGACUCCUCGCCGGUGUCCUGCAUGUCCCCGUCCGACAUCAUCCUCAAGACGGGCUCCCCCAACUCACCUGAGGGAGAAAACAUCUUCAACUUCAGAGGAACUGGUGACACAAGAGGAAGCAGCAGCAGCAGCAGCAGCAGCAGUGGCAGACCUCCCUCCUGUGAGCUGGGCCAGAGCAGCCACCCCCCGCCCAGACAGAGGAUGUUAUCUGAACCGUGGCUGGCCAUCCACAACCUGGCCUCCCUGAACCGGGCCUACGAGGAGGGCCUGAUGGAGAGGAGCCUGCGGGGUGGGGAGGGGAGCAGAGAGGAUUCAAUAUGGGAGACUGUAGAGAGGGGAGGAGAGGAGCCACACUUUCAUCAGUCCAGGGGGGAAGAGAGGAAGGAAGGUUUGCUUCAAAGGAGGGAUUACAGAUGUGGAGGAGAGAAUUACAACAGAGAGGUUUUUCUUCCGAGGCUGUCUCAGUCAGCCCUCUCCCUGACGGAGGUGAGCUCAUCUCAGGCAACAGCAAGCCGACUCUUCCCUAAGAGGUGUCUGAUGCCCGGAGGUUCAACUUCUGACACCACCACCCUGAAAAGCGGUGUUGAUAAGCUUCCUGCCUGUUUGCCUCCCCACUGCCAGCUCCGCAGGAACACCCUCCCCUCCGUCAUGGUGGUUCCUCCUCCACUUCAACUCCCACCCUUAGUCCACCAAUCAGACUCCCAUCUACAGGUUCCCAUUCCCCAAAGCAGGAGCAUGGUGUUUCUGCCUCACCCGCCCAGCUCCUCUUCACCCAGAGCCCCUGUAAGACUCCGCCGUCUCCUGCCCUCCUCCUCCUGCUCCUCCCUGGCAGCUCCUCGUGCCUCCUGCUGCAGCAAGAGGUCGCUGCGCCGCCACUCAGUACAGCUGGACCAGAUCAGAGGAGGAGAAACAAUUUAGGCAUUCAUCCCUCGAGAGUCUAUUAGGAAACAUCAUUAAAGUUCAAACAGCAAUCUGAAAAUGUGGUAAAGUUGACACUCUUUAAAAGAAAAGCCUCU